AUGUACCAGCCAAUCAUACAGCUUCAUCCACCUCCCGAGCCAGAGAUUAUUACAAUCAAGCGAGAACCACUUGCUUAUGCAACUGACUUCACUUACCUAGGAAGUACGGUCUCCAGCACUGCAAGGAUAGAUAAGGAGCUAAGAAACAGGAUAGGCAAAGCAAGCACAGCUUUCGGGAAACUCCGGCAGAGGCUUUGGAACAAUAGACAUGUCUCCAUACGAGUCAAGUGCAAAGUGUACAGAGCUGUGGUACUGUCCACACUCCUUUAUGGAGCUGAAACCUGGACAAUAUAUAGAACUCGGGUGAAGAAGCUGGGCGCAUACAUGAUGAGACAACUGAGGGACAUCAUGAGCAUAAAGUGGUAUGAUAAGAUCAUAAAUGAGGAAAUACUUAGACGUGCCAACCUACCUUGUAUGGCUGAUAUACUCAUCGAGAAAAACCUCAGGUGGAGCACCGGUCCUCUGGCGUUUCACCGUGUGACCAAUCCGUCUCAGACGUCCCCCUUAGCGGCCUCGCAUCCGAGUGUGGACUAUUACUUGGAACCUCGAUAG